GACCCAGACUCCAUUUCCCGGUGUCCCUCGCGGUAGCGCGGGGUGCAACGGGGGUUGUAGUCCGGCCGCUCUUCUGGCUGGUCCAGCUACAACGACCGGCAGGAUGUCGGAGGUGCGGCUGCCACCGCUACGCGCCCUGGACGACUUCGUUCUGGGGUCGGCGCGUCUGGCGGCUCCGGAUCCGUGCGACCCGCAGCGAUGGUGCCACCGCGUCAUCAACAACCUCCUCUACUACCAAACCAACUACCUUCUGUGCUUCGGCUUCAGUCUCGCUCUGGCCGGGUACGUGCGCCCGCUGCACACCCUCCUAAGCGCGCUGGUAGUGACGGUGGCCCUUGGCGCGCUGGUGUGGGCGGCUGAGACUCAAGCAGCCGUGCGCCGCUGCCGCCGCAGCCACCCCGCCGCCUGCCUGGCCGCAGUGCUCGCCGUCGGCCUGCUUGUUCUCUGGGCCGUGGGCGGCGCUUGCACCUUCCUGCUGAGCGUCGCCGGGCCUGUGCUUCUGAUUCUGGUGCACGCCUCGCUGCGCCUGCGAAACCUCAAGAACAAGAUCGAGAACAAGAUUGAGAGUAUUGGUCUCAAGCGGACGCCAAUGGGGCUGCUACUGGAGGCGCUGGGACAAGAGCAGGAGGCUGGAUCCUAGGGGUCUGGGAUCUGUACCCAAGACCUGGAGAAUGCCAUCCCCACCCUGGCCCUGUAUACCGGGACCCAGAGCCCUUUCCCAGCCUUUGAAAUAGAGGGCCCUGUCCAGUUCAAAAACCAGAGGACAUCUGCGACCCUCCCCACCCCAGGUCCAAAAUUGGGAUAUUCCUCCUACCCAGCUCCCCCCCCUCGGUUACCUAGGGGACCACUCUUCCCCAGCCCUGAACUUGGGGCUUGGAGCCCAGGGCAUCUGUGGCCAACCUCAAACUCUGGACCCAGAGAUACUCCCCCACCCCCAAUCUGGGACCCACCCAUCUCCCAUGCUCAGCCCCAAAGCUGGGACCUGGGACCAAGGCAUUCUCUUGAACAUGGGACUAAUAAGGCUUUUCCAGACCCUACCCCAGCUUUGAAACCAGGUCAGGGCAUUGCCAAAUCUUGAACCCGGGUCCCAGUGUUCCCAGCCCCCAACAGGACAGAGGAUUCAGGCAUCCUGACCCUGUUGAACACGUGGUUCGAGGUGACCCAAACACUCACCAGUCCCACUUGCCUCUCUCCAGCUCUGCUUAGGGAUUCGGCCCCCCUCUCCAAAGUUCCACAGUGAUGAGGACCAAGGGGUGGGAUGGGGUGGGGGUAUCCCUGACCCGGAAUGGGGCAUCUGUAAUCAGUGUUACCGCGACAAUAAAGGCUGUUGCAGCGCUCAAGCCAACGUGGGCUUCCGGGGUC